GAGUUUUGACAAACGGUGUAAGAGUUUAUCAUUAAGUGAGAGGCCAUCCAAUCAGUGAAUAUCAGGAGUUAAAUCCCACCCAUAUGUCUCGUAGCUGAGAACGCCACAAUAGGCCUGCUUUAUUCCAAACAAUGGUCUAUUUACUAAAUGUGCCUGUGCCAGUCACAGUUAAGAUACAAGGUCAGUGGAGAAAUCCACAUGGGACUUAGUAUUUGGCUCCUCUGAUGUCCACCUCAAGAAGGGUAUUGUAAUGUUUGAAAUGCGUCGUGGUUGCUUUUCUAAUAUGGCACUCUAGUACGAGUGUGUAUUUCUCCACUGCCCUCCCACUGGCUAUAUUUGUCUUGGAUUUCACUAUGCGUGUAUUUUCCAAGGCCUAGUGGGACCGGGGUUUUGGGCCGUUAUCCUGGAGAGCUUUUGAUGUUUUGUCUCUAAGCCUCACUUACCUGGUGGAGACGCAAGCAAGACUGAAGAUGGAAAGGAAAUAGAGGUUGGUUUCCACGGCAACACAUUAAAAGGGACCUAAAAAUUGCUCCGGUACUUCCAGCAGGUGUAGGACUCCAUGCACAGUUAAGAUGGGCACACUGAUCCAAACAGUGCUGUUGAUGCUUUUAUGGCAAAGUGUUUGGCCUUUGGACAUCCCUCUGGAGAUCCGUCAACCCCCAACUAUCACAAAGCAGUCAAUGAAGGAGCAUAUUGUUGACCCCAAAGACACCAUGGUCAUUGAGUGUGAGGCCAAGGGAAACCCUCAUCCUAUUUUCUCAUGGAGACGCAAUGGGAAGUAUUUCAAUGUGGCACGCGAUUCGCAAACAUCAAUGCGUCGGCGCUCAGGGACGCUGGACAUCUAUGCCCGGAACAAUCCAGAACAGUAUGAGGCAGAAUAUCAGUGCAUUGCCUCCAAUGAGUAUGGUUCUGCAUACUCCAACAAAAUCAGACUGCAACUGUACAGAGCUCCUGUGUGGCCAAGAGACAUCGUGGAACCUGUGGUGAUUAGCGCUGGUUUGCCUUUGGUUCUGUCCUGUGACCCUCCAGCCGGUCCACCUAAACCUGAAACCUAUUGGAUGUCUAGCUGCUCAUAUGCAAGACCCUUUAACUGGCCAAUUCAAACCGCCUUCCCCACCAUGCAACCCGUGCGGCAGGACCGUCGGGUAUCCAUGGGGGUCAACGGAGACCUGUAUUUUGCCAACGUCCUAUUCAACGACUCUGCUUCUGAUUAUUGCUGUAGCGCCCGCUUCCCUUAUAAGAAUGCCAUCCAGCAAAAAAGGCCAGUGGUGGUCAAGGUGCUCACAACUCGAGCCGUGGUAGAGGCUGCCCCCACCUGGCUGUCUCCCACAGGCUCAUCCAGUUCUGUUGUAGUCCUCUUGGGAGAGGAACUGCUGCUGGAGUGCAUCGCUGCUGGAGUGCCCACUCCUAUUAUUACCUGGACGAAGGGUUGGGAGGACUUGGUAGUGACCCCACGCAUGAAAAGGAAACAUUUCAACAAGAUGAUUCAAAUACCCAAUGCAACUUUUGAGGAUGCGGGCGAGUACAUCUGCACUGCCACUAAUAAGAUCAGCUACAUUCAGCACACGUUAACUGUCACAGUCAAAGCUGCUCCAUUUUGGUUAGAAAAACCUGACGACUUAGUUUUGGCCCCUGAGGAAAGCGGACGCUUGGUGUGCCGCUGUGAUGGUGCUCCUCGUCCCACAGUCCGCUGGUUUAUUAACGGAGAACCAAUCGAGACUGCCACACCACAACCCAACAGGCAGGUGUCUGGAGACACACUGACCUUCAGCAGCGUGACCGUCGCCAACACCGCCGUCUACCAGUGCAAUGCCUCAAACCCAUAUGGCUACUUAUUGGCUAACGCUUUUGUCAGUGUGCAGCAUUCAACACCUCGUAUUCUUGGGCAAAGGAAUGAACUCAUCAAGGUGAUCGAGGGAACGCGUUCCUUCCUUGACUGCCGCUACUUUGGCUCUCCAGUCCCUGAUCUGCGAUGGUCCAAAUACGGACAGGGAAAUCUCGAAGGAAGUCGUUUUAAGACGCAUAAAAAUGGAACCCUGGAGAUAAGGCGCACACAAAUAGAGGACCAGGGAACUUACGUGUGUGUGGUCAGCAAUGUUGCAGGCAGAGACGAGAGUCAAGUCAGAAUAGAGGUCAAAGAACCUACCUUAAUUGUCAAAAGACCACAGGAUAUGAAAGUCUUCCGUGGAAGCGACGUGCGCUUGGAGUGUGGUGUGAAAGCAGACAUCACUACUCCCAUCACAACCACCUGGAUAAAAGACAAAGUCACAGUCACCCUUGGCUGGAGGCUGUCCCUGGAUGAGUCCAAUCUGGUCAUCACCAACGUAAACCGAGGCGAUGCAGGCAUCUACACGUGUGUCAUCAACAGUGAACUGGACAAAAAGUCUGCGUCAGCACACCUAAUGGUGAUGGAUUAUCCAGAUCCUCCCUCUAAACUGGAGUUGUCAGAUCCAUAUGAACGCAGCGUUAGACUCAGUUGGGUCCCCGGAGACAGUAACUUCAGCCCCAUUACAGAAUACUUGGUACAAUAUGAUGACGAUGAUUGGUUACCUGGAAAGUGGAAGAACUUAUCAACAUACCCUGGGAGCCUAAACUCUGUCAUUCUGCACCUUGCACCUUUCACAUACUACGAGUUCCGUGUUAUCGCCAUCAAUGAAAUCGGACCAAGUCGACCUAGUCGUCCAUCAAUGCGCUUCCAGACCAGCGGUGCACCUCCAGAUGUCAUCCCGAAAAAUUUAAAAGGAGUUGGAACAUGGAGAAACAACAUGGAGAUCAGUUGGGAGCCUCUAACCUACAGAGAAUGGAACGGGCCGCACCUCAAGUAUCUAGUCUGGUGGCGAAGGAGAGACUCCAGAGAGGAGUGGAAGAAUGCCACCACUAAAUGGCUAAAAUAUUAUAUUUACGACGCAGACACUUUUACCCCUUAUGAGAUCAAGGUCCAGGCUGUGAAUGAGUUUGGGCUUGGCCCAGAGUCACCAGUCGUUAUUGGUUAUUCCGGGGAAGACCGUCCUGUCAGUGCACCACUGAACCUGAGAGUUUCAGAUAUCCAGAGCACCCAAGUGACUGUGCAUUGGGACGCAGUGUCUCGAAGCUCCAUCAUGGGAGAUCUUAAAGACUACAAGGUCUACUACUGGAGAGACAGCAGCCAGCUGAGGUGGUUGAGGGUCAACAGAGCUAUGAUUUCCAAAGUGUUUACGGACACUGGUCCAGAGCCGUUGGGGAUUCUCACUGAGCUAAUCCCCUACAGUAACUAUAACAUGUACAUAGUGGUGACCAACAGUCGUUAUGAAGGUCCACCCAGCAACACUUUACAAUUUUCUACACCUGAGGGAGUACCAUCUGCUCCCUCAUCCUUCAGAAUCCAGCAGCGACAUCUUGAUAGUAUUUAUGUGGACUGGGAACUGCCAGCAGAACCCAAUGGAAUCAUCACCGGGUACUCACUCAUGUACCAGACAGUGAAUGCCACCAGGGGAGAGGAGCAGAAAGUGGAGGAGCUCCUUCCGAAUGUUACAAGUUUCUCAGUACCCCGAUACGAUCGCUAUACAAGAUACCGAUUCUCUGUGGCAGCCAAAACUCGGCUGGGUCUGGGGCAAUGGCAUACAGAGGAGUCUCCACACUACACCACUGAGAUCUAUGCCCAGGACCAGGUGGACAUCUCUACUAAAGGCUGGUUCAUUGGAAUCAUGUGUGCAGUGGCCCUCAUCGUGCUCAUUCUACUGAUGGUGUGCUUCAUCAAGAGAAGCCGAGGCGGAAAAUACCCAGUACGGGAAAAGAAAGAUAUUUCAUUGGAGCCCGUGGAUGAUCGAGAUCAAGACGGUUCCUUUGACUAUCGGAUAGCACGGGUCACCACUAUCCCCUACCCUCGGUGGGAAGAGGAAAGGGGGAUGCAGAAGAGUCAGCCAUCGAUGGAGGCUGUGAUGAAAAGAUCAGACAGCAACGACAGCCUGGUGGACUAUGGAGACGUAGGAAAUAUAACGUUCGAUGAGGACGGCUCAUUCAUUGGCCAGUACACGGGGCAAAGGAGGGACGUGAGGGACUUGGACUUUGGUGGGAGUCUGGACCUCCAUUCUCAAAUGAAUGCCAUCUACUCCUUGGCUUGAAACUGCUUUGAAAAGAGAAGUUACACACGAACAAUCUUUUCUGCUCGAACCAGCAGAGAUUGAGGUGCUGUCUAAACAACGUUGAUGGUAGCAGGGAGUAAUACUCAACAUCCUUUUGGUGCCAGUAUGUAAUAUUUGAAAUGAUGUGGAUUUGCAUAGUCCCUUUUAGUGAAAAUCUGGAGUUAAACAACAUGAGCCAUGUUGUGUUGAUAAAAAAAACAGAUGCGAGACAGAAACAUCCACAUUUUGUUUUUUUGUGUGUGUGUCACCAUCAAUAAUAUUGUAACGGACUGUUCUUUUUUGGACCAAAUGACCCACAAUUUAAUACCAGCUUAUGUAUUUAUAUUCACUAAUGAUAAACAUCCAUCCUUCAAUCAUUUUUUUUUUCAAAAUACAAUGGAAGGUGAGGUGGCGUCAUAAAUGUAAAACUUGUUGUAAAUGUCCACUAGCGUCAGAAAAAUGACUAAUGGUGAAGUACUCAUUUUGUAUCCUCUCUGUAUCAUAGCCUGAAAUUGUAAAUAAAGUGUAAAAUAUUUUAAAUGAUGAAUUUACUCAUCCUUUGCCAACCUAAACCCCUUAGCAUUUUGGGAUAUACCGUAUUUCCUUGAAUUACCGCCGGAGCGCUAAUUAAUUUAAAAUCUCUUCUCACUCCUGCGCUUACCAAAGGAAUGCAGUAAAAGUAAGCAUGCGCUAUUUAUUUUAAAACCUCUUCUCACUCCGGCACUUACCAAAGGUAUGCAGUAAAAAUUUGAGUGUGAUGUAAGCUUGGACCUUAAAUCCUACCUUCCAUCCAUCCAUCCAUUUUCUACCGCUUACUCCCUUUCGGGGUCGCGGGGGGCGCUGGCGCCUAUCUCAGCUACAAUCGGGCGGAAGGCGGGGUACACCCUGGACUAAUAGCUCUUAAUCUUCUUCCCUUCAUGCGAUUUUAAAUUACUGGUAUUGAAAUCAGCCUCCUCCAUUUUGAAAAUGAUGACAGGGGAAGUGUCACUCGUGACGUCACGAGUUUGACCAGGCGGUAAUACUAAGCAUGGGCUAAUUAUUUUGGGAAGCGAGUUUGAUCCGGCAGUAAUUCAAGGCAGACGCAUACUAUAUUCCCUGAGGCAAUUCAAGGAAAUACGGUAUUGGUAAAAUGCCCCAAAAAAGUCCUAACCAAACUAAAUGUGAAGCUAUCAUUAAACCCACUGGAGUAGAGGCAUUAUAACCAGCUGGAAUUUUCUCCCCAGUUGUCCAAAUCUGACUCACUGCAAAUGAGUAUUAGAAGUUAGAAAUAUAUACACUGAAUUAAAAAAAAGGUUAGCCCUUGCUUUUUUGAGAUAUGCAUUUUCAAAAUAACUAAUGUUAGUGGUAUGGAUUUGAUAGCUUGAGUCCUUACCUAAUCCUAUUUCAAAUGUUUCAAUGAUACUACAGGCUCAUUUGAAUGUUACACACAUUUUUCUGAAGUUAGGCUGAGGUGGUCCAAUUCUAGUCCAUUUGAAACCCUCCUCCAUCAAAGUCUUCACUGAGGUCAUGUCCCCGAAAACUUAUAUACUGAAAUAAAAUAAAAACAUUUCACUCCUGUAAAAAAGGCCAUGGAGCUUAAAAUCAAUAAAGUUUGUCUAAAUCUAAAUGAAUGCAUGUUUACAAACACAUACUCAUGUUCACGUUGUCCGAUCAGAAGCCUGAAAACGCUACCUGAAACCACACCAUUGAUAAAGUGAUAUAUCCAAUGUACAAGGACAGCCCCGUAAAAGUAAUUAAGGGACACCUUGUUGACAGGGCUGCUUAACCUUUUUUGAUUGUGUGAAAUAAUUUUUUAUACUGUCCGCAAAGGUUGAACUGAGGCAACUGGGCUCUUCUUGCUUGUUCUUUCAUG